AUGGCCGGCGACAAGCAAGCACUGCGCGAAGUGCGCGCGCUGAUCCGGCAGGGCUCGUGGGAUGCCGCCGAAAAGAAUGUAGCUAACGUGUUUAGUCUUGUGUUCCACGGCCUGAUCCAGCUGCACCGCGGCAACCUUGCAGAGUCCGAGGCGUCGUACACGCUGGCGACAGAAGUCGAUCCCGAUCAAACUCUUGCGUGGCAGGGCCUUGACAAGUUUUACACCACGCAGGCGCAGUGGCCUGCACUGUGCCGCGUCCUGACUCACUUGGCGCACGCACAUGCGGGCGCGGGCGAUGCCGCGAUGCUGGGCGCUGUGCUGGUGCGCAUCGUCGAUGUGCAAAAAGCGCACGGGUCCGCAGCCGAGUACGCGACUGCGCUGCUUGCCUUUACGCCCUCCUCGCCGUUUUAUGCGCUGCUCGCGCACCUGCCCGUGCCCGACCAGACGAAUCCGCACGCCAACGUGUCGUAUGAUGCGCAGAUGUACAUGCACGCGCGCGCACUUCCGCUUGCGCUCGAGCUUGUCUCGCUGCUGGAGAAACAGGACGCUGGCACGAUCGAAGCGCGCGUCCAGCACGAGAAAUCCACGCUCGCCGGCGCCAAGCUCGGCAUGUCGGUCUUGCGUGCGAAUGCAGUCGCCGACGUACUCGAAGUCUCGCACCUGCCCAUGCUCCUGGAGCACCUUCUCUCACUUCCGCAGGCGGACGACACCGUGCGCCGCAACGCCGAAGCCAAGCUCCUGCGCCACUACCACCGGCUCUCCACGGCCGCGCCCCUCCACGGCCCCGCGGCGGACCUCCGUUUGAAAGAGGCGGCGUACACGCGGACGAUGGAACUUGCGCACGGCAUGGUGCUCCUGCAGAUCCCCGAUGAGCUUGCAUGGCGAACGUGGCUGGAGUGGAACGACUGGACGCUCGAAACGCUGCCGUACCCCCUGCUCCUCCAGUACGUCGAGCUCUUUCCCAACGGGCCGCGCACGCCGUCGUUCCGUGCGCUCUUGGGUCUCGUCCGCGAUGCCGGCUAUCUCGAACGCGUGCUCACGCGCGAGCAAGCGUCCGAGGAAGCGGACCUGCUCCAGCUUGCGGCCGAGGGCUUUGCGCGCGCAAAGUCCUCACUCCUUUGUGAGCGCAUUGCGCUGCUCUUUUACAUGCUCGACAAAGACUAUGCGCUCGCGCUCGACGUCGUGCAGGAUGCACUCGCUGUCCUGGACGAUAUGCGCGCGUCGACCGGGCGCGCAUUUCCGCGCAUCGGCAUCGAGAUCGAGUCGCAGCUCGCGGUUGUCUACACGCACGCCGCGCCGCGCAAGCCACGCGAAGCGGCAGGGCUUGUCCAGCACGUCUUGCGCCACGAUCCACAGAACAUGAAUGCACUGCUAUCCAAUGCAUACCUGCACAAGGCCGCGCACGAGCACGAGGCCACGCUGCGCGCUUUUGAGGCCACGCUGCGCACUGCCAAAGCGCAAGCCACGGCGGCGGCGCAUGCGCGCGAUCUCACUGCGCUGCGCCUUUCUCCCGACGCGGUGCAAGAGGCCGAGACCGAGCUCGGCGCGGCGCUCCUGGGCGCCGGCGACCUCGACGCCGCGCACAAGCACAUGCUCGCGCUGCUCGACGCCUACGACCAGCCCACCAACGUGUUCGGCGCCGAGCAGCGCGCCAAACUGCACUUUUUGCUCGGCAAGGUGUAUUGGGCGAUGAACGCGCGCCAAAGCCAAGCGUACCACCACUUUGUCGUCGCCGUGCAGCGCUCGCCCCUGUUUGCCCCCGCAUUCACCGCGCUCGGCGAGUACUACGAAGCAGUGCAGGACGCUGUGCGCGCGUCGAAAUGCUUCCAAAAAGCGUUCGAGAUGGACGCGAGCGAGUACGGCGCGGCGCGGCGCCUGGUCGAGCAGUUUGCCGAGCAGCGUGCGUGGGAUGUAGUCGAGGUGAUUGCGCGCCGCGUCGUCGAGGCCGAGGGCGGCCUCGGCGUGCUGACAGGGCAGAGCCAUGCCGUGCAUCUCUCGCGCAAUCCAUGGGUCUGGAAGGCGAUCGGCAUGGUCGAGGCGCAGCAGCACCGCCCCGAAAAAGCCGUCCGCGCGCUGCAAGUCGCGCUGCGCGCGAGCCCAGACGACACCGACGCGUGGGUUCGCAUGGGCGAAGCGUACCUCGCGUUUGGACGCGCCACCGCAGCGCUCAAGACGUUUGGGCGCGCCUUGCAGAUGCGUGGCGCGGAGGAUACGGCGCACGCGUGGCACAUUUUGUACAACGUCGCGAUGGCCCAGCGUGCGCUCGGGCACUUUGACCGUGCGAUUGCUAUUUUUGCGCGCAUCCUCGCGCAGCACCCCGAGCAGAGCAGCGUGUGUGCGGUGCUUGCUGAGACGCGCAUGCUCGAGGCGCGGCGCUUGGGCACGAUGGGAUACACGACCCGGACGUGCGCUGCGCUGCACUCGGCCCUGUGCGAUGCCGCGCGUGCGUUGCAGCUGGAUAAGCUGCUGCGCACCGCCUGGAAAGUAGCUGGGGAUGCGUGCUUCUUCCUCUCCCAACUCGCUGGAGAAGGGAAUGCGCGUGUGGCGCUGCGUGCGCUGCUCCACAGCCUCGUGCUGCUCCAGGGCCAGCUCCACCUCGACGCACGCCUCCCCAUCUCCGCCGUUUCUGUCGAGAUGCUCGUGACGCCCAUCCCCGCCGCGGACGACUGCAGUGCAGUGCACGUCGAGACGUAUGCAGCACACGCAGUGCUCUUUUACAAGUACCUUGUCGUGGCCAACGCGCAAAACGUGCGCGCCGCGGCGCUCGCCUGGGCCGACCUCGCGGCCGGACUGCAGCGCUACGCAUCGGUGCUCCAGCAGCGCGCGGUGGUGGAGCGCAUGCAGUGCACUCUCGAGGCUGCCGCCGCUGCCGCCGCGCCCGCUCACGCCGAGGCGAUCCGCAGUGUGCAUGCAGCGCUCCAUUUACGGCCCCACGCCCGCCUCUGGCUUCUCCUCGGCAACCUGCACUUUUUUACACAGCCGCGCAUCGCACAGCAUGCCUACAUCAUGGCGCUCGAGUGCCGCGCCAAGAGCGCCGCUCCCUGGGUCCAUCUCGGCCUGCUCUACAUGCACCGCUCUCAUUUUGCGCUUGCCGAGCAGGCGUUUGUCGAGGCACAGACCAUCGCCCCGGAGACGCCCGCGGCAUGGCUUGGCCGGGCGCUGGUGCUGCAGCAUGCAUCCACCGACCAUCGCGCCAAGACGGCGCUCUUUGCACACGCCGCGACGCUCGCCGAAGGCACGCUGCUCGAAGCUGGGUACGGCUUUGCGCGCAGCAUCGUUGACCUCGGCGCCACGGUGCCGCUGCCCACGCGCAAGCUGCAGGCGCCGCUGCUGGCGCUUGCACACGUCGUACAGCACGCGCCGCACGACGCGUCCGCGCGGCACCUCGCUGCGUUGCUUGCGGAGCGCCUCGGCGCGCGACGCCUCGCGAUGCGCCGCAUAUCGCGCGCCAAUGCGCUGCUCGAGAGCGAGUACGAGGCGACGGAAGAAGCCCAAACAGCGUUCCAGUACGGCAUCGCGAGCGUGAACCAUGCGCGGAUGCAGCUGGCAGAGCAGCGUACGGCGGAUGCACUGGAAGUGUUUGAGAGCGCCCAGGCGCUGCUCGCAGACGAGGAGGUGCAUGCCAAGCAGGACACUGCGAUGGUGCGCACGGCGAAUGCGCUGUGCGAUAUCGGGCUUGCGAUGUGCACCUACGCGAGCGAUCGCACCGAGGGAUUGGCGCACAUGCACGCGGCGAUGCAGACGUGCACCCAAACGACGACGCUCGGUGCGUGUGCGUCUGUUUUGUGGGCGCGCAUGGCCAUGCAGUGCGGCACGGCGCCUGCGGAGAUUGCCGCCGCCCUCGAUGCCGCCCUCGAUGCCGCGCCCACGGACCAUGUGCUGAUCGCGACGCGCGCAGCGCUCGCUGCAGCGUGCGGAGACCAUCCCGCCUUUGUCCAGGUGCUCCACGCGCGAGUCGCGGCACAAGGAGAGGCGCUGCAGCUUGCCAUGCGCAAGACACGCGGCGCUGCUGAGCUGAGCAUGCUGCAUCUCUGCGCGACGUUCGGCGUGCCGGAAAUGCUGCAGCACCUCGAAAACAUUCUUCUUGACGAUACGUACGCACUCGAAGCUGUCCUGCUUGCCGCACACACGCUGGCACGCCUCGCUGCCGGCGCGCUCCUUGCACACACCCAGCUGCCUGUGCUGCCGCAAGGAAACGUCGCGCAUGUCGCGCACAUGGUGCUGGAAAAGGUGCGUGCCGCACAAGAGGACCAUUUGUGGGCGUCGGCGCUCGCGACCACCGCCCUUGCCGAGCUCGUGCUUGAAAAAGACGAGAGCGCGCGCGAUGCAUUGCACGACACGGCCCCGCCGCACGACACGGCCCCGCCGCACGACACGGCCCCGCCGCACGACACGGCCCCGCCCCCGCCGCGCCGCGCCGCACACCACGCAGCGAGCGCCGUGCACCUCGCGCCAUGGCGUGCCGACCAUUGGGCCCUCUUGGCCGCCGCCCGUAGCUAG